GGCUACCGCGUAUAAAAUCACCGCUAGAGGCGCUAGUGUAGCGUGAGGUCUUCGAUAUUUGAAUUUGAAAUUGUCAAGUGUCACUGUUCAUUACUCACUAACGGCGUUGCGAACAUUUUAUAAUAUUACGAAUAGCUAGGAUUCAUUAUGGAUAAUAUGCCAUAUAUUGAUUAUGGAUCAAUGAAUAUCACUGCUUUAAAAGCAGAGCUAAGAAAGAGGGGUGCCAAAUUAAGCGGACUAAAAGAGCAACUAAUUCAAAGACUUCAAGAUUAUGAUAGGAAUGAUAACUUCAUUGGAAAUUCAGAAGAAGGUAUACAAAACGAUUUGGUGUAUGCUGUUGAGUGGCCCUUAGAUAGUUCAUACAGUAGUGUUACUUCCAAAAGUGCGGCACCUGAUGUAGAUAUUGUAAAUAUCAACACUUACUUUUUAGAAGCAUACAGAGACAAUGUUGGAAUGACGGAGUGUGCUGCAGUUCAUAGAAAGGGCUACAAUAUGAUGAUGAACGAGUAUUUAGUAGCUCUAGUAACUUGCACAAAAAAUAGUUUUCUUUUCUAUAGAGGACAGGUUCACUCAGAAAACACUAAAACAUUAACAUAUUUUAUGAGUAUUGCCUUCGAGUCGGAUGGAAAAAUUGUCCAGAGUAUGUGUAAGUGUGCUGCUGGUAAAGGGCCAAAAGCAGUGUGUAAGCAUAUAGCUUGUGUGUGCUAUGCAAUUUUGAGAUUCAAAGAGCACACCGAAUGGCGUAUUAAAAAAACACCGACAGAAAACAAACAGAAAUGGCAUGAGCCAAAGAGAAUGAAACUGACUUCAUCCCCUAAAAAAGCCGAGGAACUUACAUUUGAGAUCCAAAAAUAUAAUACUACUAAGCGAAAAAGAAACGAUCUGUGUUUUGAUCCACGUCCUGAUAAUGCUUGUAGCACUGUUCAAUGGAAUGACCAUGUUAGGAACAGUGUGAUAAACUAUUGUUCUUCAGAGAACAUAAGGUUUGGUAUAAGUGGUGUGUUUGAAGUGGCUUCCUUGCAUGCAAUACCCAACGACCAUCAUUACCUAAAAUUACCUAUCCUGAACCAAUACAUCCUGAAUAACAUCACUGUGAGUCACACUACUUCCUACAUGCACUAUUAAUAUUCAUUAUCUAUUUAAAAUGGCUUCUGCGCUGAAGCUUGUGGGUUUUAAUUCUUACCGAAGGACAAACAUUUGUGUGUUGGACAUGAAUGUUCGUUCUGGCUCUGGAUGUUUCGAUUAGCUUCUGAGAUGUUUCUGGAUAAACCCAGAAAGUUUGAACAAAUACAAUAUUCAUGUAUUAUUUAAAGUUUCAGGUACCCAUAGUAUCUCGAACCAGGCUACA